AUGACAGGUCCUGGGCGAUCACCCUCCUCCCCAUGGGCACAGGGUGCACAGACUGCACAGGGAUUUCCCCUCGAUGGAAGGACCGCAUUUCAUCCCAUUUUAUCUCCAUCGAAUCCCAAUUAUCCAGCGACGGCCUCCCUGUCGGAGCGUCAGAGUCCCAACUACUUCGGCCUCGCAGUGGAAAGCUCUAGUAACCCGUCAACGUCAAACUCGGGCCCGCACGUACAAAAGAACUGGGCAUCCAUACCCGGCGCGCAGAACUCACUGCCUAGUCCCAAGCUCCAACUCUAUUCCCAAGAGCCUAUCUCGGAGGGACUGGUGAACCUGUUGCGAACAGAGUCUGAGAUUGAUAAAGGGCGUCGCGAGUCUUUCCUCCAAAGGCGUCCCUCCACCAAGGACGUCAAUCCGUCAUUUCCGUCCGUGGUCCGCGGCGACUCGGGCAUUCGAAUGCACGGUAGUAUCACGGGAAAUGGGAUCUCAGCCCAACAAAGGACAGGGUCUAUCUCUCAAGAUACCCAAUCACCUAUGACCCCAUCUCGCUGGGUGUCAAGUGAGCAAUGUGCUGAAAUAAUCCAAUCUGAUUCGAAAAGUCUUCUUUUGCUGGAUGUUCGCGCAUACACGCAUUUUGCCCAGUCCAAUAUUAAAGGCUCUUUAAACCUCUGCAUUCCCACCACACUUCUCAAGCGACGUUCGUUCAACACGCAGAAACUCGAGGGCACAUUCACAAACGAUGGUGAUAAACAAAGAUUCGCUCAGUGGAAACAAUGUAGCAUAAUCAUUGUUUACGAUUCUUCCACAACUGAGGUGAAGGAUGCUAUCCCUCUUUUGAACGUGAUUGGCAAAUUCGAGGCGGAAGGAUGGUCAGGUAAAGGUUUGAUUUUACAGAAUGGCUUCAAGGGGUUUUCGGCCCAGUUUCCGCGCUUAAUCCACCGGCCGCAGUUGCAGACGUCAGGGCCAUCCCCCAAGAAGCGACCCUCAAUGAGCAUUAAUCUUGGAUCUGUCGCACCUGUUGUAGGAGGCUGUGCUAUGCCAGAUGCGUCUUCAGCGGCAAAUCCUUUCUUUGGAAAUAUUCCAACAAGCCCUUCCCCGUGGCUUCGGAAGGCCUCUGAUGCCAAGGACCAGGGCCAAAUCGUGUCGGAGAGAUUUCUAGACUUGGAGAAGAAAGAAUUGGAGCGCAUGAAACAGGCGCUAUCUUAUGAUGGCCCCUCCGCCUCCGCCGGUGGAGCAUCGAAGAAGUAUCGCGUUGCGGGAAUUGAGAAGGGAACGAAAAAUCGAUAUAACGAUAUCUAUCCAUUCGAACACUCUCGCGUUAGACUUGAAGGAAUACCGCUAGGCGACUGCGAUUAUGUGAAUGCAAACCACAUUAAAGCCGAGCUAAGCAACCGGCGUUAUAUCGCUACCCAGGCUCCGGUUCCGGACACAUUCAACGACUUUUGGCGCGUUGUCUGGGAACAAGAUGUCAGGCUGCUCGUUUCACUGACAGCCGAGUUUGAGAGAGGACAAGUGAAAAGUCACCCUUACUGGCGGACCGCCGAUUACGGUCCAUUCAAGGUGAAAGCCUAUUCAGAGCGGUACAUCGACGUCGAGUCCAAGGGUCGUCCAAUCGACCCCUCAAUGAAGAACUCCAAGGCCGUGAAAGAGUCAGCCCAGAGCCCGAACGAGUCUAACGAAAACCCGGUCAUAAUCGUCCGCCACUUCAGUCUCCAACACACAAACUUUCCCUUCCAACCCUUGCGAGACAUCACGCAGAUACAAUACCCAUACUGGCCAGACUUCGGCACCACUUCCCAGCCAACACAUCUCCUCAAUCUGAUCGAGCAGUGUAAUAAAGUGGCCCGAUCGACCAGUGAUUCCGGCUUCGGGAAUCAGGAGGCUGAACCGUACGGCCAGCGACCGAUUCUAGUCCACUGCAGCGCUGGAUGCGGCCGCACUGGAACAUUUUGCACAGUCGACACUGUGCUAGACAUCCUCAAACGACAGCGUGCACUCAACCCCUCCAAUUCAAAAGAAGUCCCGAAAGAAAUCCGCGACCUGGACCUGGACCUGAUUUCAAAAACAGUAGAGGAUUUCCGCACACAGCGACCCAGCAUGGUCCAAAACCUGAGCCAAUUCGUUCUUUGUUAUGAAAGCGUUCUUGAGUGGCUUGUUUCGCAGGAGGAUACCUAA